AUGGAUACUACUGACGACUCAAUCUAGCAUCAUUCAAAAUCUGUCUCAAACAUGCAUGACCCCCUAAUUAAUAAAUCUGCAGAUAUAAGUUCUUAUAUGGUAUCUGUUUCAGGAGAAUAAAAGAUAACAUUCACAGCUUUUGAUGGUGGUAAUACAACUUGGGAUAACACAGCACCAACUAUCGUCGAUUACUCUAAUGUUAAAAGAGAUGGAUUAGGUAAAAGAGAGGUGGCUGCUUAUGCUGUUGGCCAUUUCAAUAAUGAUCUAUGUGCUGCUGCUUGGUUUACAUAUGUACUAUACUAUAUCUAAGAUGUAGUUGGCUUAGACCCAGUUAUUGCAGGUUUUGCAAUGUUAAGUGGCUAAAUAGCCGAUGGGAUUACUACUCCGAUUGUUGGAUUCGGUAGUGAUAAAUGCAAGACAAAAAUAGGCGCCAGAGCUCCUUGGUAUUUGGCUGGAAGUAUUCUAGUAAUUCCCUCUUUUCUGGGCAUUUUCAUAUACCCUGGCUUCGAAGGUGGAGCGCAAAUUGCCUAUUAUAUAAUACUGCCUGCAAUAUUCAAUGUAGGAUGGGCUUGUGUCCAAAUAUCCAAUAUGGCUGUCGUAAAUUCUAUUACAUUUAGUACGUAAAGAAGAGAUAGACUUAUAUCUCUGAGAAAUGGAUUCACAUUCGUAGCAAAUUUUACAGUAUUGACCUCGGCUUUGAUAAUUUUUGUCAUCCUCAGUGACCCUAUAUGGCAAUUUAGAGUACUUUGCUUCUUGAUUGUUGGACUUGGAGCAUUUAGCAGUUCCUUUUAUUUCAUCACAAUUAAAGAACCAUUUUUAUCAGCUGAAGCGAAGAGACUCCAAAAGGAAUUCAAGAAAAUAAGUAGAACAGAAUACAAAAAAGAGGAGGAUAACAGAAUUAGUGCGAGACAAUCAAUGCUUAGUUCAAACAUAAAGUAAUGGUAUCAUUGGUUUGGAGAAGGCUAAUUCUACAUUUAUGGAAUGGUUUAUAUGAUGGUCAGAAUAGCAGUCAAUGUCACAAUGUCUGUUUAACCUUUUUACUUGAUUAUAGUUACUGGAUUUAUUAAAACAGAAGAAAAUCCAACUCCUAUUGCAAUUGCACUUGUGCCUCUAGUAUCCUACAUAAGUUCAAUGAUAUUCUCUUUAUUCUUCUAUAAGAAGAUGAUGAAUGCUUUGAAGAACAGAUUCAUACCCUUAUUCGUAUCAAUUAUUAUCAUAUCAUGCGGUUCUAUCCCUUAUAUUUUCCUUAACAGUGAGUCAAACAUAAGAUGGUUGGUCUACCUGCUUUCUUCAAUUCAAGGUGUCGGACUUGCAAUUAUGCUUAACACAGCUACAAGUUUGAUAUCAGAUGUUAUUGGAAAGGAUGAUUAAAGCUCGGCUUUCGUUUAUGGCGCCUAUAGUUUCUUUGACAAGGUUGCCAAUGGUAUUUUGAUCUUUUUUAUCACGGCUUAUUUUAAUAAAAAGGAGCAGCCUUUAAGAUAUAUCAUUGGAUUAAUUCCUGUAAUUUGUUCUAUUGCUGCUUUUGGCUUGACUUAUUUAGGAAAGGUUUUAUAUUCUGAAAGAUUAGCUUAGCUUUCUAUCAAUAAGAAAUGA